ACACGGGUGCGGUUGUCGUUUGGUAUGUGGGAUAACUAAAGACUUUACUUCAAGAUAUACCUAUUUUAUUCCACGACACGUUUCAGUUUCGCAGAGGGCCUUAUGUCCUUCAGGAAUCAACUGAAUGAGUUGAAGGCGUGAAUCCCGCUAAGCUGGCCCGCUGGCCAACAUGUGGCCGCCAUGGCGGCUACCCCUGGCGGCGGCGGCACUGCUCUGCUGUGCGGCCGUCGCUGCCGGCGCCUGCCGCCGAGACCGUCAUCUGAUGACGGCCGAGAGCGGCGUCAUCGGUGACGGGCCCGGCGAGCACGGCAAUGACACCUACUGCCAGUGGAUCAUCAAACCUAACGGCACGGCCGGCCACUACAUAUUGCUGACGUUCGAAGAGCUGGACACGGAGUGCUCCUACGACCAGGUGUUUGUGUACGACGGUAUCGAGCCGCACACCCGGCUACUGGGCAGCUUCAGCGGCCGGGGGCGGACCGUGCCGCCGCCGCUGGUCGCCGAGUCAGGAACGAUGACGGUGCUAUUCUUCAGCGACAAGAACUACGUCAUGUCCGGGUUCCUGGCGCGGUACGCGGUGACCGAGUGCCCGGGCGACUGUUCGGGCGUGGGCCGCUGCGAGGCGGGCGUGUGUCGCUGUCAGCCGGACCGGGUCGGGCCGCGCUGCCAGUGGCCGCGCUGUCCGGCCGACUGUCACGCUGCCGCCGGUCAGGGCGCCUGCGGACAGGACGGCUGCCUCUGCCGACCGGGCUUCUCGGGCCGGGACUGCGGCCUGGGCGGCGGCCGGCCCGGUAACCGGUGGCACGUCCUAGACGAGGCGCCGUCCCUGGCCCGUGCGCGCCACGCCGCUGCGCUGUUCCCGACAGCGCGUCGGUUUGUGGUGUUUGGAGGGUACGAUCUCAACAGCGCUCUGGAUGAUCUGGCUGAGUAUGACCUAAGCAGUGGUGUCUGGAGGCGGCGAACGCCAGAGGAAGUCUGCGGCUCGCCACCGCGCGACUUCUGCUGGCCGCCGGCGCGGUUCGGUCACGCGUCCGCCGUUCUCGGCACUGACCAGCUCCUCAUCCACGGCGGCCAGGGAGCCGAUCGCCGCCUUCUAGACGAUCUCUGGUCGUAUAACGUCACCUCGGGCGCCUGGCGACCGCUGGCGGCUCGUCCGCGACCCACUGCGCGCGUGCACCACACUCUCACCACCGGCCCGGAGGGCGCACUGUACCUACUGGCCGGAGCCGGCGCCGGGGACACCGUACACGGCGACCUCUGGAAGCUGACGGUGGACGCGUCCGGCGCACACUGGGAGAUCGUAUCUCCCCGUGGUGGCAGUGAGCUCAGUCUCCGUCUGGUGGGUCACUCGACGCUCUACCACGCGGCAUCCGACUCUCUGCUCGUCUAUGGAGGACUGGCGGUGGACAUCGAUCGACUACCGAUGCUGUCUCACCGGCUGUUUGCGUUCCAUGUGAGGGAGCUCGUCUGGUCUGAGCUGGUGUAUCCGCCCGCUCAGCAGCUCGACACGCACGUGCCGCUCGAGCGCGCCUUCCACGUGGCGCAGAUCGCCGGCGACUACAUGGUGGUGUUCGGCGGGUACACCCACCGUCACCGACGGGAAAACGUGUGCUACGACCACCAGAUUUUCUUCUACAGCCUUCGCUGCCACACCUGGGUCAACCACGGCGUCCUCGAGAUGACAUCAGACUCGUCCACGUACCCGCUGCCGUUCGGUCUGUUCGGCUCGUCGGCCUCCCUACUGGACGGCAGCACGCUACUCAUGUUCGGCGGCUACCACGGCUCCGUGUCCGGUCACCUGCUGGCCUACACCCUCCCCGACACCAUGGUGGCACCCGCCAGCCGGCCGGCCAGCCGGGAUGCCAUGUGCGCGCGCCACAACACCCAGUCGUCGUGCACGGCCAACCCCGUGUGCGGCUGGUGCCCGCAGGGUCGCUGUGUGGGCCGCAGCCAGGGCAGCGCGUGUACCAGUAACCUGCAGUCGUCUCCGUGCCCGGGCGUGUGCGCAGCGCUCCGACACUGCCAGGCGUGUGUGGUGCACGGCGCCGGCUGCGCCUGGUGCGUCCAGAAUGCCGCCUGCCACCGCGCCGACGGUGUUCCGGGCCAGUGCGGCUCCGGCUCGGAGACCCCGUCAGGCGUGGUCGGCUGGUGGGGCUCCAAUGGCACCGACAUCACACGGCUGGAGGAGUGUCGAACGCGUGACUUCCGACCCGGCCUGACACUCAGUGUGUACAUGAGUCCGGCCGACCCUCAGUGGCCUGAUGAGGUCCGCAUCAUCAACUCGACAUGGCUCACCUUCCCGGCCGCGGCUGAGGCGUUCGGUCCCGAGGUCUCCGCGUUAGCCGAGGCCCGUGUGCAGGGCUUUGUGCACCCGCUGGGCAGUCGGCCCAAGGUGGACCCGUACCUGCGGCUCUUUGUCACUACCAGCGGACGGGCAUCAUCACAGCUGCAGCUGUCUCGUGAUAGGGACUGGGAGCGACUGGAGGUGGUAAGCAGUACCACCACGCACGCGCCGCAGCCGGUCCGCGUGGAGGCCAUACGCGGCGACCACUCUCCUCUCCUAGCCGGCGGUGAGCGUCACUCGUACCUGCUGAGACUCAGUGUGAACCGACCGGCUGGCACCGAGCCGCGUCCGACGGCGCCUCUGGACACGGAUGUGCGGCUAGAGUGGAACGGAGCCGCCUCGCAGAAAAUGGAGCCGCUGACUUUCGAGUUCCUGGAGCCGUACGCGAACGGCUCGUGCGCCCGUCUGACCACCUGCCUGGCGUGUCUGGCCGACUCUCUCUGCGGCUGGUGCGCCUCGGACGGCGUCUGCCUGCCGCGCCUGGACCGACGCGCCGCCUGCGGCCGCCUGCUGACCCUCACCCCGAGCCUGUGCCCCGCCUGCAGUCAGCAGGUGGAGUGCGGUGGCUGCACGGCCGCGGGGUGUCAGUGGGUACCCGAGGAGGGGCGCUGUCACCGCGUCGCACCGGGAGCCGUCAGCAGGCCGGACGACUGCCCGCCGCCGUGUCACAGCAGAGCGGACUGUGCCUCGUGUCUGAUCGGCGGCUGCUCGUGGUGUACUGAGACCAAUGAGUGUUUCCUGCUGUCGACCUACACGUCACGGUUCCAGUUCUCCCAGUGUCGCCAGUGGGUGGAUCGUGACCACCAGCGUCACUCUGCCGAGUUCCGACGGCUAGCGCUUCUCCCGGCGCCCGCCGACGCCGCCGCCCAGCUGCGCGCCGAGCGUCGCCUUCGACAGAUGCAAUGCCACACGUGUGCAGCGUUCAGCAGUUGUGCUUCCUGCCUACGUUCGCUGGGCUGUGGGUGGUGUUAUGAUGAGGCGGAUCCGACCCGCGGUGUGUGCGUCUCGGGUUCGCUGGAGGCGCCGGCGGCCGGCCGCGCCUGCCCGGCGGACCGCCAGCGGUGGGCGUUUAUUGACUGCCCUGAUGUGGACGAGUGCAGACUGGAGACGCAUGACUGCCACGAGAACGCCACUUGCACCAACACGCACGGGAGUUUCACGUGCACGUGCAACGUGGGAUUCGCCGGUGAUGGGCGCGAGACCUGCAACAGGACCUGUGUCGAAGACUGCCGUCCGGGUGACUGCUCGGGCCCGCCCGACUACAAGUGUCACUGUCUGCUCGGCUGGACUGGCGUCGACUGUAAGACGGACUGCGGCUGCCACAACCACUCGACGUGCAGUGAAGGACCGGGCUCGUGUGACGCCUGCCAGCACCGGACCACCGGAGCACACUGCCAGCUCUGCAGUGUGGGCAGUUUCGGUAACGCCACGGCUCCGUCCGGCUGCCAGCCGUGCCACUGUAACGGUCACGGCGACCCGCGCCGGAACGUGUGUGACCUCGCCACGGGCCGCUGCUUCUGCCGCGACCACACAGAGGGAGACAGCUGCGAGCGGUGUGCCGACGGAUACUUCGGAGACCCGCGUGACGGCGGCGUGUGCUACCUGGGCUGCUCGUCCCGCGGGGUCACCCUCUCGGCCACCGAGGGCUACAUUGGCUGUGAGCGGGACCGACCACCGGCCGGCCGCGGCCCGCCGCACGAUACUCACUGUGUGUGGAUCAUCACGGUGUUUGACGACCUCUACCACACGCCCAUAUACGACAGCCCGCAGCAGACGCUGGAGCUGCGUGUGGGCGCUCUUCCCCACGUGCCUUGUGACCGCAGUCAGGUGGCCGUGUACGACGGCCUGCCGGAGAACCUGUCGACGGGGAGCCACUGGGACAGACAGCAGCACGCGCUGGCCGUGCUCUGUAACGACACGGCACCCGAGCACGGCACCGAGACCGUGCUGCACGCAUCGUCAGGUUUCAUGACGGUCUACUUCGAGCAGCACUCACCCUCGGAGGGGUUCAACGCCAGCUACCGCGUGCUCCGGUGUCCGGACCGAUGUCCGGCCGGCCGGCAGUGUGUAGCUGGUCUGUGCGUGUGUCGGGCGGACCACAGCGGGCCCGAGUGCACGCCCCACCCGUGCUCGCCGCCCGGCGGUCUGGUGCACGGUCGGUGCGACUCGCGCUACGGCCGCGUGGUCUGCGAGCCAGGCUACGUGGGCGCCACGUGCGCGGAGCCAGCGCUGCCCGGCCACGUGGUGAUUAAAGAGCUGUUCAGCGAGCAUCACGUGGAGCCGGCGCUGGCCUACCUCCGCCGGCUGCUGCCGAGGUUUGGACACACACUCACCGCCGACCACUACAGCUCCCUGUGGCUGUUCGGAGGCUACUCACUGUCGCGCGGUGCGCUGAACGAUAUUCAGCAGUUUGAGACGCGGGGCAACACGUGGCAGCAGGUCACCGUACAGUACCAGCCGUCGAGGCCGUACCUGCCCAGCGGACGCUUCUUCCAUGCGGCCGCCUAUGUAACGUCACAGAGGGAGAUCUACAUCUACGGCGGCACGGACGGUAAUGAGUUCCUGCGGGACUGCUGGCGCUUCAACAUUAAGACCAAGAUGUGGAACGAAGUUCGGGUCCCGGCUCUACUGCCGCCGCUAGCCGGCCACACACUCACCUACCGCAAGAAGGACAACCUGCGGAGCCUGCUGCUGCUGGGCGGCGUCUCGCCGCAGGGAGGCUGGCUGGACGACGUCUGGGAGUACGAUGUUACGCGCGGCGCCUGGCUGCGGCUCAACUGUACGGGGACCAAACCGAUGGGCAUGUACGGCCACGCUGCGGCGUACCACCCCGCCACCGACACGGUGUACGUGUACGGCGGGGUACAGGCCGGCGUGGGAUCGGCCGCAGCCAGCGCCACACUACUCAGCUUCCAGUACGGCCGGCGGCGGUGGAGCGUGCUCCCUGCAGACAGCGGCAUCAACCCCGUGCCGCGCCACCUGCCCGGGCCGCGCCUGUUCCCCGCUGCCGUGGCGACGGAGCACUACCUGCUGCUGCUCGGUGGGGCGGGGUCCGAUGGGGAUAUGUUCGCCUACCUGUUUGCGUGUAAUAUGUGGCUGCGUAUUGGAGGACGCGAUCACACUGUGUUUGGGACGCUGGCGCCGGGAGUGGUGGGUCAGGCGGCGGCGCGUCUUCACGAGUCCGUGUACCUUUUCGGUGGAUAUCGCGGCCAGGUGCAGGCACGUCUGCAGCGAAUUGAGCUUCCUGACGACCUCUGCAAACUAAACCUGCAGAAGAACAUGUGCAAGGGUCAGUACGGCUGCAGUUAUUGUCAGGUCAUCAGUCUCAAAACGAACGCCACCUACUGCUACACCAACAGCCAGGAGUUGCCGGCCGUGUGUGAGAAUCAGAUCGGCACUGUCGAGUUCUCUUCGCGACACCGGGGCCGGUGCAACGUUUCGGUGGUGGAGUCUCGCAACUGCUCCCAGUUCACCAGCUGUGAGGAGUGCGAGGCCCGCUGGCCGCUCUAUCCAGACACGCAGGCCUGUCAGUGGAUAAGCCUGGUCGGAUUCAGCGGCAUCUGCCAGUCCCUGCAGCCACUGGGUGUGACCCUAGGGCUGGCUCACCGCGAGGAGACGCUCUGUGUGCGCUGGCCGUGCCACGUGGCCGCCAGCUGCAUCUCCUGCCAGACACUCAAAGGAUGCACUUGGCUACCACACCACGGCGCCGGUCGCCACUGGCGGUGGCCCACCGGCCGGUGCGUGCCCCAGCACGAGGCUGACGGUGUCGACGACACCGCCACCUGCGAGGUGCCGUGCGCGCUGCGCCGCUCCUGCGACACCUGUCUCGAGGAGGGUGACGGCCGGUGCUGGUGGAGCCCGCGCCUCGGCCAGUGUCUGUGGCCCGGCCACCAGCCGCUCAUGUGUCCGGCCGGGGUGUGUGGCCCGCUGGUAGUGGACGGGGACCGGUGCCCUCUGCCCUGUCAGCGCCACACGACCUGCCGCGACUGUCUGCAGCGGCCAGAGUGCGGCUGGUGUAACCUGGAGCAGCCUCUGGGCGGCGCUGGUCUCUGCUGGGACGGCGGGCUGGAGCGGCCCCGCGACUCCUGUCUGGCUCUAAACUACACAGCCGUUCCUCCUGAGCCGGUCAUCUCCUGGAACUACACGGGCUGUCCGCCAGAAAACGAGUGUGCCAACGGACACCACACGUGUGAUCCACUCUCUGAGACGUGUGUGGACCGGCCCGAUGGCUUCAGCUGUGUCUGCAGUGACGGAUAUGUGCUCGAUGGGGACGCCUGUCGGCCCGUGUGCGACCAGGUGUGUGUUCAGGGCACCUGCGUGGCGCCCAACCAGUGUCGGUGUCACUUCUCGUACGUUGGUGACGACUGCAGCCGACACUGUCUGUGUAACGGCCACUCGGAGUGCGCCGGUCCCGACCGGCUGGAUGUGUGCCUCAAGUGUCACAAUAACACGAUGGGGGACCAGUGUGAAAAGUGUCAGCCGUUCUUCGUGGGCGAGCCGAGCAAGGGCUGCGUGUCGUGUCUGGAGUUCUGUCACGGCCACUCGGACACGUGUAUCGCCGCGGAGGUGGCUGCUCGGUACAAUGUAUCGGAGCUGCGUCAAAUGUCGCGCUCCGAACUGAAGCAGCUGGUGGCCGAGGGUGCCCGACAUGACGCCGUCUGCCUGGAGUGCAAACAUAACACGCUGGGUAGUCGGUGCGAGCAGUGUCAGCCCGGCUUCUUCCGAGGCAGUGAGAGCCCCGACAAGCACUGCCGACCGUGUCGUUGUCACGGCCAUGGUACGCUGUGUGACCCUGUCACCGGAGAGGACUGUGACUGUCACAACAACACCGAGUCGGACCGCAGCUGCCGACAGGAGGGCUACAAGCGCGGCCAGCCCUGCUCCGAACUUCAGUGCAUCAAGUGCCGCGACAACUACCGCGGCCGGCCGACCGAUGGUCACCAGUGUUACCGCCAGAUGCAGGUCGACCUCGACUACUGCCUCGACUCGGCCCGACCCGAACUGUGCGGCGCGUGCUGCCUCUCGGGCGCCCUGCUGUCAGGCCGCACGGUCUUCUUCGCUGCCCAUCCCAAGUAUCUGAACGUGGACAUUCGUCUAGUGGUAGACGUUGCGGAGGGUGCUGUGGACGUCUACCUGACGGCCCACGAAGACGCCCUACAGGUGGAGGUCAACUCUUCUACAGGAGAACACAGAAUAGUGUUCGACCCGAGGUACCACACCGAGCCGGAGGAUCACAUCGGCGGGUUGCGCGCUCGGCGCGACACGGCGCCGCUCUCCAACAGCACAGCGACCCCGCUGUAUCGAAGAGUAACGCGUGCUGCCGCUCAGGUGAACACAUUCAUCGAGCUGACUGGGAGGAGAGAUCUGCUACUGGUUCGUCGUGUAAGAGGGAGGCUGACGGUACAGCUACCGCAGCAUCAGUAUGACCUACGGACUACCACGUUCUACCUAGCAGCGCUGAGUGUGGGGGUGACCCCCGCCCGCGGCACCGUCUUCUUCCGACAGGACCAGCACAAGAUGAACAUGGCUGUGUUUUUCUCGGUGUUCUUCUCGUGCUUCUUCCUAUUUCUGUCGCUGUGUGUGGCGAUGUGGCGGCUGCGGCGACUGACCAGCCGUCGCCGCUCGGCUCGACAGCAGGAGGCGGAGAUGCGGAACAUGGCUCGCCGUGCGGUCGCUCGGGUGACGCUCCACCUCCAGCCGGAGGAAGAGACGGCGCAGGGAGCGGCGCGGCGCCGCCGCCGCUCGCCCGACCUGCCCGUCCGGCCGGCCGCCGUGGAGCCGUGUUCGGACGGUGUGGCCGGCGUGACCACUGUGUUCGUACAGCUGCCGGGAGGCGCGGCGGCACCCACACGGCUCGCACUGGCCUCCACGCUGACUCUACUGGGACGAGCCGCCGCGCCUAACUCCCGACUACCGGCGGUGCUGCGCCGGGCCGGCCCCGUCACGUGAUGCUCACCAUGGGGCGCCGAUGGGGUCACGUGCUAGUGACGGGGUGUGCUACAGUGUGAUCGGGCAAACUACUACCGCGGGAUGGACCCCGUGGACAGACAAGUUCCUCAAUUGAGCUUUGUACUCAGCGACGAUGCUGUCGCUACCACAUCUUCCACGCCACAGGGUUUAAUCUACAGUCUUCUGAAAGGCCACAAAACUGCUGACUUAACCGGCAAUUUCGGCUCUUCCAUAGUCUACAGUACCUCAGAAGUUCGAACUAGGAGCGUUCUGCGCCUGGGCGGGAGGAGCGCGAUGCAGCCACAUAGCUAUAGCAGCGCUCCACUGUGCCCUACCGCGGUGUUGAAGUAACCACCGUUUAGCCCGGCUCGCCGAGCAUGUAUAGAGAGUCAGAUACGUACGUAUAAGCAUUCCGUCCCACCGCCCUCGGGGCCGGGCAGCCAAAUGGAUCUCAGGUGAUGGCUCGCUGGCUGGAGUUCGACUGGUGCGGCCAUCCGCUAAUGGGGUGCCUCCAGAAUAUGGCAGACUGUCAUUGGAAUAUGAUUGGUUUUCUUGCGCUUCCAUAGACAGGCGCAUGGCGCCGCAGCGCCCAGCGCGUGAUAUUUGGGGCUCAAGUGUCGCGCGGAUGUAAAUCAUGUAGGGUUUUAUUAGGGGUGCCAUGUGUUAUUAGGGCCGACGAUCAUUGGUUGUGUGCGCAGCAGCGGGGAUGUUUUCUACCUCUGGACCAAUGUAAUGCAGGCGUGCGUUCAUUUUUAGCUGUCAGUGGGAGCCGAUGGUUUUGUGUAUUAGGCAGGGUUAUUAACUGCGCGAUAAUCGAUAUUCCUGUGAAGGGCGAUGUAUGUGUUGCUCGACUGGUUACAAAUAGUCAUGACAUUAUUGACGUGCCAUAGUCUUGACUUUUUUCAUUGAAAUGCUAGGAAGAUGUUGGCGAUUUUACUCGUAUGUGCGACAUUUUCUGUUCUGCUGUAAGAGUGACCAGUGCACGUAUCAUAUUUUCGCUCGUCAUGCUUUUUUACUUGGUUCGGACGAUAGAAGUCUAUUUAUAAUAUGUUCUUUGAAUACUAUUUUCUAAUCCAAUGACGGAGACACCCCCAUGUGGAUUAUUUCCUUGACAAGCCCAGUGCUUCAACGGGCUGUGUUAUUCUGACAUAUGAGGAUUUAUAUUUUUGAAUAGACCUCUUGGAGCAGGCUGUGUGUUUACCUUGGUUUAAACAUAUUUGAUGUGUUCUCGAACCCUUAGGUCGUGUCAAGGCUGUAUACAUCGGUCGUAUGUGC